UCAAUUUCUUCGACCUCCGAAAACAUCUCUCUCUCUCUCUACAAUUUAUUCUCUCUCUGUCUAAAAGCGACGUUGUUUUACAAACUCAACAAGAGCAAGUUUCUGUGUCUAUGCGAUCUUCAUGCUCUUUUCCGAUUGUUUCUCCAUUUUCAACUUGUCCGUUUUUCACUCUCUCUCUCUCUCUCUUCACAUUUCCUUGAACCAUUUUGAGCCUUUCUUUCACCCCCAUUUCACGUUUCUCGUCAAUUUCAUUCCCAUCCACAACCUUUGAUCCAAAAGCUAAAAACUUGCUUUCUGGGUCUUAACGCAUUCACUCACUCUCUAUCAUUUGUGACUUUUCUUCUUGUCCCUUUUUCCUCUUUGAUUUUCUAAUAAUAAAAAUUAAAAACUGUUGCCUUGUUGAGAAUUUCAUUGGAUUACACAGAUCUACACUUUAUAUCCAUUUGUAUACUAUAAUCUAUAACUCAACAAUAAACAAAACUCAUAAAAAAAAUUUGUUCUUUUACUUUUUGGUUUUUUGUUUUUCCAAUUAUAUCUAUCUUUCUUUUAUCUUAUCCUUAUCUUAUUUGAUGACGAGUGUGUACCAUCUAACAAUCUCAAUCUGAAAAGUGUGUAAUUGUAAAUUUGUAACUGUAAUUUUGAUUGUGAUUGGUGGAAUUUUGAAGGAAAAAAAAAGACAUUUUGAAUGUUGAGUUUGAAGUAAAAGAGUUUGUUUGUUGAAAAAGAUUGAAUUUUGUUGUUUUUCACAAAUUGGGUUGUGACGGAUUCAUCAAGAGAAGAAAGCUAUUGUUCAGGUGUUCUGGAUUGUGUAAUAAGCAUUCUAAGGGCUCUAAAGAUGGGGUCCUGCUUCUCUGCGGAAAGCAGGAGCCCUCACCCCACUUCGCCCUCUUCAUCAUCAUCAUCAUCAUUUUUAAGGAAGAGCAAAAAGAAUAGCAACAACAAAAAGAGGAUUGGAUCAUCAAGAGCUUCUUCAUUUGAGUAUUGGAGGAAUGAGCCUCUUCAUAGGAUUCCUGAUAGGAUCUUCCUUAAUGGUUCUUCUCAAUUUGCUUCCUUAUUUACUCAACAAGGUAAAAAGGGUACCAACCAAGAUGCCAUGGUUGUUUGGGAGAACUUUUGUUCUAGAGAAGAUACAAUUUUCUGUGGAGUUUUUGACGGCCACGGUCCAUAUGGUCAUAUGGUUGCAAAAAAAGUGAGGGAUUCUCUUCCUCUAAAACUGAAUGCACAUUGGGAACUUAAUGUAUCUGGUGAGGAAGUCCUCAAGGAGAUUAGCAUUAAUACUGCAGGAAGCAUGAACUCUGAAGAUACCGCAUUUAUAUCUGCUGACGAAGAAUCCAGGGUUUCCUUUGAUGCAGAGGAAACGGAAAAACUCCCUGAAAUCUUUCAAACGCUUAAAGAGUCCUUUUUGAAGGCAUUCAAAGUUAUGGAUAGAGAUUUGAAGACGCACCAAACCAUCGACUGCUUCUGUAGUGGAACAACAGCAGUAACUCUGAUUAAGCAGGGUCGUGAUCUUGUUAUUGGAAACGUUGGUGACUCUAGAGCUGUGCUGGGUACAAGAGAUAAAGACAAUUCUCUUGUUGCAGUUCAGUUAACUGUGGAUUUAAAACCCAAUCUUCCAGCCGAAGCAGAGAGAAUUCGCAAAUGUAAAGGACGUGUUUUUUCUCUUCAGGACGAACCUGAAGUUGCUCGAGUCUGGUUGCCGAACAAUGAUUCUCCUGGCCUUGCCAUGGCAAGGGCAUUUGGAGAUUUUUGUUUGAAAGAUUUUGGUCUGAUAUCUGUUCCAGAGGUAUCAUAUAGAAGACUCACUGGGAAGGAUGAGUUUAUUGUCUUGGCAACAGAUGGGAUUUGGGACGUGCUUUCAAACAAGGAAGUGGUAGACAUUAUAUCAGCCGCACCGAGGCGUGCAACAGCAGCCAGAUCACUGGUUGAGUCAGCCGUUAGAGCAUGGAGAUACAAAUAUCCAACUUCAAAAGUUGACGACUGUGCUGUCAUCUGUCUCUUUCUAGACUCAAACUCGCAAAAAAUAUCGACUGCGUCACAUUCCAACAAGUCCAAAGAGCAUCCUCCUCCUAGUUCAGGAAUUCAAGUCAGCAGCAAUGGUGAUAAUGACGAAGGCGAUUCUGGACCAAAUGCUCUAGAAAGAUCAGGAACAUGCAGAGAAGGCAAUGAUAACACACAUGAAGAAGAUAACAACGACAACGAGGAAGAGUUCAAGGGAGAGGAAGAGAUAGAUGCUGAUUUGGCAAAAGAGUGGUCUGCACUUGAAGGAGUAUCACGUGUCAACACAUUAUUAAACCUUCCAAGAUUUGUUCCUGACAAAGAAGACAAAGCAGCUGCAGCCAAAAAAAAAACAAAAUGAUUUCAAGCAAGGAAUAUUAAGCUGGCCCUUUACCUUUUUUGUUUUUCGAUUCAAUAUAUUAUUAUUAUAGAUACAUACAUUUUUUUUUAUUGUUCACAUGUUUUUAGUUUAUUCCCAUCCAACCAAUUUGAUGGUUUUUGUUUUGGUCUUAGAAACAUGUCCGGGCUGUUUUAGUGUGUCUGGAAAUUUGUCCUUCCUCUUUUGUGUGCUUCAAAAUUUUUGUGAAAUCAAAACUCUUCAUAGUACAUUAAUAAUUUAUUAUUGUUUUUGGUUGGAUAAAGUA